GCGUGAUGACAAAAAAAAACGCUUUUGAAUCAGAUGACCUAAAAAAAAAAUCUGUCUGGCCUUGUAGCUAGUACUAGCCGUUCUAAUUAUACUUCAGAGGUACUAGCUAUUUGAGCUAGAAGUCUCUGGCAAAAGCGUGCCAACGACAUUGUUGUAGAGAUCUAGCUUGUAGCUAGCGGUUUCUCAAUCGUGAACUCGAAAUGUGGACGUGUAAAAACCUGUGGAAGAAGUUAGCCCCACUCGCCAGAUCCUCUUCAACUUUGUGCCGGCAAAAUGCAAGGGGAGUAGUGUUGAACAAUGACAGAAGACUGCCACUGGUUCCACAGGCCCACAUGUCCUCAGGAACUCCAGGGAGUGGAGGGGACAACAACUUGUACUACCUUCUAGUGGGAGCAACCUGUGUAGGGGGAGGAUUUUAUGCUUACCGCACCAUCAAAGGAGACAAAGAGCGAUAUCAGGAACGAAUUAAUGAAAUUGCUUCCAGACCAAAUAAGGUAGUGCCAGAACAACCAAUCACAGAGGCCCCAGGCGAACAAGCUGCUGAAACUCCACAAGGGUUCGUCUCUGAACCUAUAGCAGUUGAGAGCGAGGAGAGCUCUGCGCCUAUAGCGGCUGAGAGCGAGGUGUCGCUUUCAGCUGUGGAGGAGAGCUCCCCACCUCCAGAGGAACCCGCCCCCUGUGAAACAACGGAACUAUCUACAGAGAUUGCACCUGUUACGGAAGAUGCUCCUGCGGAAACUCCGGAAAUAACCCCUAUUGUCGAAGAAGUGUCCCCUGAAGUUGCUGCAGUGGAACAAGAGGAUCCUCCCACCACACCAGAGGCUGAGAUUGCACCUGAACCGGUGGUAGGACCAGCUCCUGAAGAAUCAGUAGGGACGCCUGAUGCUGAUCCAGUAGUUGACAGUGAAGCAGCACUUGUAGCUAGAUCUGUCUCAGAAGAAGCAGUGGAGCAGCCAAGUGAACCAACUCUGAGUGAACCGUCAGUGGAACCGUCCCCCGUGGAGGUUACAGAAGAGCCUCCUGCUUCCGUUGUGGAGAGUGAACCAACACCAGUAGCAGAAAGCCUUCCUGCAGAAACAGCGGAGCCACAGACAGAGACAGAGAGUGAGACAGAGAGUGCUGCGGAACCUGCAACUGUUGCACCUGCUGAGGUCCCUGCACCUACCCCUGUAGAGUUUCCCUCACACGCCCCCUACCUCUUGAUUGGCGGAGGCACGGCCUCCUUCGCUGCAGCACGCUCCAUCAGGGCCAGGGACCCAGGAGCCAGGGUAUUGAUUAUCACUGAUGAACCAGACCUUCCAUACAUGAGGCCUCCUCUCUCCAAGGAGCUGUGGUUCUCUGAUGACCCCAGUGUGGUUGACACCUUGCGCUUCAAACAGUGGAAUGGCAAGGAGAGAAGCAUCUACUUCCAGCCUCCCUCAUUCUACGUCAGUCCUCAGGAUUUGGAGAAAGUGGAGAAUGGAGGAGUGGCUGUGCUCACUGGGAAAAAGGUGGUGCACAUGGACGUGAGGGGCAACAAAGUGACACUGAGUGACAACACAGAGAUCUCCUAUGAUAAGUGCCUGAUUGCCACAGGUGGAGUCCCAAGGAAUCUGCAAGUGAUUGAGCGAGCAGGAGAAGAGGUGACAAAGAGGACUACACUGUUUAGAAAGGUUGAAGAUUUCAAAGCUUUGGAUAAGGUCUCCAGAGACACCAAAUCCAUCACCAUCAUUGGAGGAGGUUUCUUGGGGAGUGAGCUGGCCUGUGCCCUGGGCAGGAGAUCUGCUGAUUCUGACCUGGAGGUAAUCCAGAUGUUCCCUGAGAAGGGCAACAUGGGAAAGGUGCUGCCGGAGUAUCUAAGCAACUGGACAACAGCCAAAGUCAAGAGCGAGGGAGUGACGAUCAUCACAGAAGCGUUGGUAAAAGCUGUGAGCUUCAAAGAUGGUAAAGUGGAGAUCAAACUGAAGGAUGGUCGUGUGGUGAAGACGGACCAUAUUGUUGCAGCUGUUGGGCUUGAGCCCAGCGUAGAGCUGGCCAAGUCAGCAGGUCUGGAGGUAGACUCUGACUUUGGGGGCUUUCGGGUCAACGCAGAACUGCAGGCUAGGUCCAAUAUAUGGGUGGCAGGUGAUGCAGCGUGCUUCUAUGACAUCAGACUGGGCCGCAGGCGAGUGGAGCACCAUGACCAUGCAGUCGUGAGUGGCCGGCUGGCCGGAGAGAACAUGACGGGAGCCAAUAAGCCCUACUGGCAUCAGUCCAUGUUCUGGAGUGACCUGGGGCCUGAUGUCGGCUAUGAGGCCAUUGGGAUAGUAGACAGUAGCCUUCCAACGGUUGGGGUAUUUGCCAAAGCCACUGCUAAGGACACCCCCAAAGCUGCCACAGAGAAGUCGGGAACUGGAAUCCGUUCGGAGAGUGAGACUGAGGGGACGGCCAGUAGCCCUGUAGCCUCCUCCACCCCUGAACCCCCUCCAGUACCCGAGCAGAAGGACAACUACGGGAAAGGAGUGAUCUUCUAUCUGCGAGACAAAGUGGUGGUGGGCAUUAUCCUGUGGAACGUGUUCAACAGAAUGCCCGUUGCAAGGAAGAUCAUCAAAGAUGGAGAGGAACAUGCCGAUCUGAAUGAAGUGGCUAAGCUCUUCAACAUUCACGAGGACUGAGUCUUCUCUCCUCUGGGGAGGCUGAGCCUAUGCUGGGAGAGAUGUGUGCUGUCACUACUCAUAAAGGCUUUGAACUUUCACAGUCAUCGCCAGGCUUUGGCAGACCCCACUAUGAUGCUGCACUUGAAAAGGGAGAAUCUCUGGACACAAAUCUACUCUGUACAUUUUAAUGUCGCUGAAAUAUUGUCAUGUUUGUAAUUUCUAUCACAUGCAUGUUUUUUUCUUAUUUUCUAUUCAAGGUAGUGAGUAGAAAUAUUCCCCAUGUCGAUCAGUCUAUAUAGAAUGAAUGCCGCCCCCAUAUCCCCAGAUCUAUUCUGCGUUUUGUGAUCAAGGUGAAAUUAUCCAUCCCGGGAAUACAGGUGACGGUGUACAAGCCUAACAACAUACUGGAACAUAGAGGUUGUUUUUCACUGUGACCAGAGCAGCUCCUAUUGUUAAAGGCUGCAAUAAACAUGUUUUUAAAUUGAAA